AUGACCACACGACAUGCUGCGAGACCGACUCACCGCUCUAGUAGCAAACAUGAAAAAGCGGUUUUGCAAACCAACCAGCGUCCAGGCAAGAUCGUCUCGGAUGGCUGGAGGCGGGCGCAACGUGCGGAAGUUACGCUAAGCAAAGCAGAAUUCAGGGUCCUAACGGGAACGUCGUCGGUAUGUGCCAUAUGA